ACCAGACUCUGCUGGACCUGGACCUGGACCUGGACCUGGACCCGGACCUGGACCCGGACCCAGCUGUGUGUCCGUGAAGAGUGACUGGUCCAUGGGGAUACCUGUACAUUUUAAACCUGGACAACCUGCUGAUGGAAGGAUUCAGCAGGAGAGACCAGACUCUCCUGGACCUGAACCCAGCUGUCUGUCCUUUAAGAGUGACUGGUCCAUGGGGAUACCUGUACAUUUUAAAUCUGGACAACCUGCUGAUGGAAGGAUCUGGCAGCAGAGACCAGACUCUCCUGGACCUGGACCCAGCUGUCUGUCCUUUAAGAGCGACUGGUCGGAGCAACGUUUCAUUGAUUUUAAAGGAGGAUGUCCAUCUGCUGAUCAGAUAGGGGACCAGGAGAGCUCAGAGGUUCCCAGUGGUCAGUCUGCCCAGCAGCAUCAAACACACCUGGACUCCAUAUUUAUGCUGCUGGAGGAGAACAUCGUCACCUUUGUGAAGAACGAGCUGAAGAAGAUGCAGAAGGUUCUGAGUCCAGAUUACCAAGAAUGCCUAGAGGGUCAGAGGGAGGAUGAGGAGGUGUUGGACGGUGAGGAGGAAGAGCAGAGGAGGAGCAGCAGAGACGCAUUUCUGAAGAUCACACUGCACUUCCUGAGGAGAAUGAAGAAGGAGGAGCUGGCUGACUGUCUGCAGAGCAGAUCUCCUGCUGGCAGGUGUCAACGUAAACUCAAGUCUAACUUGAAGAAGAGGUUCCAGUGUGUGUUUGAGGGGAUUGCUAAAGCAGGAAACCCAACCCUUCUGAAUCAGAUCUACACAGAGCUCUACAUCACAGAAGGAGGGACUGCAGAGGUCAAUGAUGAAAAUGAGGUCAGACAGAUUGAAACAGCAUCCAGGAAACCAGACAGACCAGAAACAACAAUCAGACAAGAAGACAUCUUUAAAGCCUCACCUGGAAGAGAUGAACCAAUCAGAACAGUGAUGACAAAGGGAGUGGCUGGCAUUGGGAAAACAGUCUUAACACAGAAGUUCACUCUAGACUGGGCUGAAGACAAAGCCAACCAGGACAUACAGUUCAUAUUUCCAUUCACUUUCAGAGAGCUGAAUGUGCUGAAAGAGGAAAAGUACAGCUUGGUGGAACUUGUUCAUCACUUCUUUACUGAAACCAAAGAAGCAGGAAUCUGCAGGUUUGAAGAGUUCCAGGUUGUGUUCCUCUUUGACGGUCUGGAUGAGUGUCGACUUCCUCUGGACUUCCACAACACUAAGAUCCUGACUGAUGUUACAAAGUCCACCUCAGUGGAUGUGCUGCUGACAAACCUCAUCAGGGGGAAACUGCUUCCCUCUGCUCGACUCUGGAUAACCACACGACCUGCAGCAGCCAAUCAGAUCCCUCCUGAGUGUGUCGGCAUGGUGACAGAGGUCAGAGGGUUCACUGACCCACAGAAGGAGGAGUACUUCAAGAAGAGAUUCAGAGAUGAGGAGCAGGCCAGCACCAUCAUCUCCCACAUCAAGUCAUCACGAAGCCUCCACAUCAUGUGCCACAUCCCAGUCUUCUGCUGGAUCACUGCUACAGUUCUGGAGGAUGUGUUGAAGAGCAGAGAGGGAGGAAAGCUGCCCAAGACCCUGACUGAGAUGUACAUCCACUUCCUGGUGGUUCAGUCCAAGCUGAAGAAUGUCAAGUAUGAUGGAGGAGCUGAGACAGAUCCACACUGGAGUCCAGACAGCAGGAAGAUGAUUGAGUCUCUGGGUAAACUGGCUUUUGAGCAGCUGCAGAAAGGCAACCUGAUCUUCUAUGAAUCAGACCUGAGAGGGUGUGGCAUCGAUAUCAGAGCAGCGUCAGUGUACUCAGGAGUGUUCACACAGGUCUUUAAAGAGGAGAGAGGGCUGUACCAGGACAAGGUGUUCUGCUUCGUCCAUCUGAGUGUUCAGGAGUUUCUGGCUGCUCUUCAUGUCCAUCUAACAUUUAUCAAGUCUGGCGUCAAUCUGCUGGCAGAAGACAGAACAACAUCCCAGAAGUCUAAAACUAAACAAAAAUAUACAGAGCCACGUUUCUACCAGAGUGCUGUGAACAAGGCCUUAAAGAGUCCAAAUGGGCACCUGGACUUGUUCCUCCGCUUCCUCCUGGGUCUUUCACUGCAGACCAAUCAGACUCUCCUACGAGGUCUGCUGACACAGACAGGAAGUAGCUCACUGACCAGUCAGGAAACAGUCGAGUACAUCAAGAAGAAGAUCAGUGAGGAUCUCUCUGCAGAGAGAAGCAUCAAUCUGUUCCACUGUCUGAAUGAACUGAAUGCUCGUUCUCUAGUGGAGGAGAUCCAACAGUCCCUGAGAUCAGGAAGUCUCUCCACAGAUAAACUGUCUCCUGCUCAGUGGUCAGCUCUGGUCUUCAUCUUACUGUCAUCAGAAAAAGAUCUGGACGUGUUUGACCUGAAGAAAUACUCUGCUUCAGAGGAGGCUCUUCUGAGGCUGCUGCCAGUGGUCAAAGCCUCCAACAAAGCUCUAUUGAGUGAUUGUAACCUCUCAGAGAGAAGCUGUGCAGCUCUGUCCUCAGUUCUCAGCUCCCAGUCCUCCAGUCUGAGAGAGCUUGACAUGAGUAACAACAACCUGCAGAGUUCAGGAGUGAAGCAGCUGUCUACUGGACUGGAGAGUCCACACUGCAGACUGGAAACUCUCAGACUAAGUGGUUGUAACCUCUCAGAGAGAAGCUGUGCAGCUCUGUCCUCAGUUCUCAGCUCCCAGUCCUCCAGUCUGAAAGGGCUAGACAUGAGUAACAACAACCUGCAGAGUUCAGGAGUGAAGCAGCUGUCUGAUGGACUGGAGAGUCCACAUUGUGCACUGGAAACUCUCAGGCUGUCAGGAUGUCUGAUCACAGAGGAAGGCUGUGCUUCUCUGGCCUCAGCCCUGAGCUCCAACCCCUCCCAUCUGAGAGAGCUAGAUCUGAGUAACAACAACUUGCAAAGUUCAGGAGUGAAGCAGCUGUCUGCUGGACUGGAGAGUCCACACUGUGCACUGGAAACUCUCAGGCUGUCAGGAUGUCUGAUCACAGAAGAAGGCUGUGCUUCUCUGGCCUCAGCUCUGAGCUCCAACCCCUCCCAUCUGAGAGAGCUGGACCUGAGCUACAAUCAUCCAGGAGACUCAGGAGAGAAGUUGCUGUCUGCUGAACUGGAGGAUCCACACUGGAGACUGGACACUCUCAGGCUGCAGCCUGCUGGAGUCCGAUACUUGACACCAGGUCUGAGGAAGUGUAAGUGUGUUUUUCAUUUCAUUCAUCAAAACAAAGCUCAUUCACAUCCUACUGAGGAUGAAGAUGAUGUCAUCAUCAAACAGAUGAUAGAUCUGGAUCCAAACACAGCAAAGAGAUUCCUCAAACUGUCUGACAACAACAGGAAGGUGACAUAUGUGGAGGAGGAUCAGUCAUAUCCUGAUCAUCCAGACAGAUUUGAUGUCUGGCAGCUGCUGUGUAGAAAUGAUCUGACUGGUCGCUGUUACUGGGAGGUCGAGUGGAGCGGAUGGGUUAAUAUAUCAGUGAGUUACAGAGGAAUCAGCAGGAAAGGAAACAGUAAAGACUGUGUGUUUGGAUGGAAUGAUCAGUCCUGGUGUCUGAUCUGCUCUUAUGAUGGUUACUCUGUCCGUCACAAAAACAGAUCAACAUCCAUCUCCUCCUCCUCCUCCUCCUCCUCCUCUGUCUCUGGCAGAGUAGCAGUGUAUGUGGACUGUCCUGCUGGCACUCUGUCCUUCUACAGAGUCUCCUCUGACACACUGAUCCACCUCCACACCUUCAACACCACAUUCACUCAGCCUCUGUAUGCUGGGUUUGGGCUCCACUCGUCUGGUUCCUCAGCGUCUCUGUGUGGUCUGGAGGAGGAAGAGUCUCCUCCUGUUAGAGAAACUUUCUCACUGCUGACCAGAUAGUUCAGUCUGUACAGGAUCACACACAGCUGAUGGUAUUUAGUACCAACAUGAUCUCUCACUGCUUGUAAAUGUAAACAUGGUUUCCACAUGAUUGACAGUUUGUUUGUAAAAUGAAUCAAAUGAUAAACUGAGUCCAGUUGUUGUUGUUUUCUGUUGUUAGUGUAUUAGAAAGGCUUGAACUGUAAUGGGAUAAUGGGAAUGGGAUCUUCACAAUGUUUAGUUGUAGUUCUUCUAGUAGUUUCAUAGUAACUGUGUUACCUGAUUCCUUCACUUAUUUAGAGAUCACAUGACAAAUGAUGGUCAGAACAACAGGCCUCCUAUUGGCUGGUUAAAUGAACACCUCUAAUGGUGAAGGCUGAGGCUCAGCAGCUGGAGUGUGGCUGCUUUUAUGCUGCGUUCAUAUCAUAUUGGAAUGAUGCUAAUUAUGAGAUUCUGACUUGUAAAUAGAAUUCAGGUCAACAUUCAAGUGGUAAUUAUGAAGUGGAAAAGCUGAAAGCUCUGAUAUUUACUGGAUAUGGUGGAUUAUUGUCAAUAACAGUAUUUUUGAGCCUCAUUCCACCAACUUUGUAAUCAUGCAGCCGUCUUGAUUUGUUGUGUGACAUGAACGCUGGCGAGUUGUAAACAUGGGAAUCUUUCCCGCCUCUACCAUCCAUCCCAUAUGAUGUGAACACAGCAUUAGAGAUGAGAAGUCCAGGAGCUGUUGUGUGUUUCUGACAUACAGGAAGUAUUUAGUUUUUCUCUGGAGUGUUUAUUUAGUUCCUGUGUAGAGAAUAAAGUUCAUGAUGAUCAGUA